AUGACUGGGCAAACAGAGCAGGAAAAUCAUCCAAACAAGGCUGUGGACAAAAAGAAUGGCAAAGAAGUUCCAGAAAGCCAAUGGACAAAGAUACUGCGACGUCAGGAUGGUUCGGUAGAUUUCAAUCGUAAUUGGAUGGAUUACAAACUUGGCUUCGGCAAUCCUGAUGCUGAUUUCUUUAUUGGCCUUGAAAUGCUGCAUCGUUUAACCAGUAACGGCAAACCCAAGGAAUUAUUAAUCGUUUUGGUGGACUAUGAAAAUGAAACUCGAUUUGCCCGCUAUGACAAGUUUCGUAUUGGUUCGGAAGCCGAAAAAUAUGCCAUUACCGAAUUGGGUGCAUAUAGUGGUGAUGCUGGUGAUGGUAUGGGCUGGCAUAGAGGUAGAAAGUUUACUACCUUCGAUCAGGAUAAUAAUGCCGGUAGUAUACGGGAUUGUCCACAAAAUUUUAAGGGUGGUUGGUGGUUCCAUGAUCCCUGUUAUAGUGGACAUUUACAUGGUCCAUAUAGAACAAAGGAAAAUUCUAGAAACUGGGGUGUUAGCUGGGAUCCAUGGAGAAAAUGGAAUGUAUCCAUGAAAUAUGCAGCAAUGAUGAUACGGGAUAAAAUGUAA